AUGUACGCCGCUCAGAAUAUUACGCCAACAGUUUUGGAUGCCAUGAACGGAAAUGUUUCUGAAUGGUAUAACGAAUGCGACAAUGCCAUUAGAAGGUCAGAAAUAGUUCCUGGAACUUACGAAUAUACAACUGCUGUUUCUUAUGGAAACGUAGGUGAGUUUGGUGAAGGUUCUUCAACAACAGUAGAUAUUGCUUGCGACAGGUUUCACAUUAUUUCUAUUGACAACUCAUUCUUAUACGUGGAACAAGACAUUGAAAUAAAACCUUCUGCCAAGUUGUCUGACAAGAAAGGUUGCAAUGGAAUUUUCUAUGUCGGAUACCAAUAUGCUCCAGAAGUUUUCAUGGGAUAUAAGAUAUAUUCUAACUCUGACUUAGUUCAAACAGUAACAUGGGCAAACUAUGAAUGGUUCGCUUUGAGAAACUCAGUACAACCACAAGCUAGAGAACAAACAGACCAGUAUGCAACUAUUGAGAAAAUAAGAAGACUUGACCCUAACGUUCCAGGAGUUUAUGUUAACCUUUCUGGUUCAGAUGGAACUGCUGCCACUAAAGUAAAACUGAAACUUAGAGUUCCUUUGUCAUCUUUCCUCAUCUUCAGGUUUUUAAGAUACUUGCCAAACUGGGCAGGAAAAAUUUCUAUCGAACUUACUCCAAGCAAAAAUAACUUAGUCAUUGCACCAACACAAGACCCAUUCACUAUUACUGUAACUGGAACUGGUGGAGCCAAGUUCUGUGACUUUUGCAAAGACAAAGUUGACUUAGACUUUGGUUUCUCAAACCUCAACACUGAAGUAAACUAUUAUUUCAAUGCUGCUGGAAAUGCUUGGGACCCAGUUAAGUUUACAUGCGAACA